AUGACAGAAAAUAUGAAAAACUCCUCAUUGACAACUAAUCUUUUUCAAACUACAAAUUUAAACAAAACAAAAAUGCUUCCCGCCGCGCUUUCGUUUUCUUGAUCAUUUUGUUAGAUAUUUAUUUCCACAUUUCUUUAACUGCUAUAAUUCCAUAUGACUGAAAACUAAAGACACAGAUAUGGCUGUCAAUAAUAAUUUACUUCUAUUAGUUACUGUUUUUGUUUUGCUAUUUUGUAUCGCUACACUUUUUCAAUUUGGAUUGUUCUUAUCUUCGCAUUCAGCUCUAAAAGAUCACCAUCUUUCAUUGUACGAAAAAAAUGAUAGUGUUUUGUUGCACCUUUUUAAAGAUGGUUCUUUACUUCUUAUGUUUGUAUUGCAACAUUCUCUCCAAAAGCAGAAGAUAGUUAAAGAUAGCAUGUCUAAAUUUGGUUUGGCAUCUGUGGAAAGGUUAUUUUAUAAUUUUGGAUCAUGCUUGGCCCUUCAAAUACUUAUGACCUUUUGGCAAUCUGUGCACAGCUGGACAAUUUGGGAAAUAUCUACAGCUGAUAAAGAUUAUGUUUGGUGGUUUUUUACCAUCAUACAUUCAAUAGCAUGGUUGAUUAUUUAUAGCGGUUGCUUUAUAAUGGAUAUUACUGAACUUCUUGGGAUUAAACAGGUUCACCACAGUCUUCAGAAUUGGCCUGAACCUCUGGGUCUGAAAUCCGAAGUUCCAAGAGACUGAGCGUUCUAUUAUAUGUCAACAAUCUGUGAACCUCAAAAUAGUAUGUAUGCAGCACCUUGUCUUCCAGCUAAAAAAUAAUUUCAAUAUUGUCUGAGAAAAUAUUAUAUUUUUAUUUAUUUUUUAUCAAAUGUAUUUUAAGGAUUUAUUUUAAAAACUAAGGAUGAUAGUGAUCAUGAUAGUGAAAAAUAUUUAAAAGAAAAAAGGAAUUCAUUGAGAAGUGAUAAAUUUUAAUGUAAAAACAGUUACAUGCAAGCUCUCCAGAUAUUUUUAUACUAUAAUGUUUUAUAAAUAUAGAUCAAAUUUUUAAUUUCAGCAAAGUACAGGUGGGCACAGAAAAAUAGAAAAUUUUGAAAUAAUAUAUAAUUUGUAUAAAUUAUGCACAUAAAUUUUUUUUUCUCAUUGAUGAAAGUGCAUGUAUAUAUCGUAUGCUAUUUAUAUUUUCGAAACAAAAUGUCAGAAACUGUCUACUUCUUAAAAAUGAAAUACGUUUUAUGUAGGUGUUCACAUUCUUAUUGUUUUUAAUGGAAACAUUUAAAUGCUUGGUAUUGCAAUUUUUUACAUGUCCUCUUUAAGAAUUAAAAUAAACCGUAUUUUACAUAUUGUUAUGCAAAAAUUAAUUUCUUACUCUAUACAUGUACUUUUGUCUACAAAAUAAUUUUUCUUGCAUUCAUUUUAUACAAAUUACAUUCCUUCAAAAUUUCCUGUUUCCUUGUGCUACUUGUCGUUUUCAGAAAAUAUAAUAUGUUUUGUUAAUUUUUAAGGUGUACUAAAUUGUUUUUAGUUGAUUUAAGCUUCUUGCAAUGUUGCAACACUUAAAAGUUGCAUUAUUUAGUUCCAUGGUCAUCAAUUCAAAUACUUUACUUUCUAAAACAUUUAAAAUCUGCACUCAUAAUUUUAAUCUAUAAUUUGAUUGGAGCAUUAAAUAUAUGUUAUUUUUUAAAUCACUUCUCCUGAUUAAAAUAAUUAUGGUAUUUUGUUGAAUUAAAUUGCUGAUAAUAAUUUGAAUUUUUUCAUUUAAAGAGCAAAUUAAUCAAAAUUUUAUGAAGUUCAUAAUGGUUAUUUUUAAACGUUGGCCACAAAAUAUAUCUUAAAUUGUAAAUAUUUAUCUCUGGUGAUUGUUGUAUAUUAGUUUACAUCAUAUUAUCUAUUUAUUUUCAUGUUUCAUAAUAUGUAAAUAUGUAAUAAAAGUGGUUCCUGUUUUUAAUCACGCAUGCCAUAUCAAUUUUGUACUUUUCAAAUAUGUCUUAUAUUUUAUUGUUUAUGUGAAAUGUUAUAGUUUUUGUGAUAUCUCCUCAGAUUCAUGAAUUUCCUUUGCUUACAGCUUACAAUAUCAUAAUAUUACUAACUAAUGUAUUUUUAUUAAUUUAGAUAGUUUUAUACUAUAUUUUGUUAAUAAAGUGCAGCAAAAUUAUGA